GCAAAUUCCUAUACUCAACACUGUGCUAAUUGAUGGCUCAGUUUAGAGACAUACCAAAUGUGUGUUGAGUUUAGAAGCUUGUUCCUUUAGUCCAUUAACUUGUUUCUGUUUAAUGGAAGAAACUUUUAAAAUAAACAGAUUGCUACUACCCAUCCCACCAAUAUACUCUUUAAACCUUCUGAAAGAUGAACGCCGAAUUCAAAAUUAAAGUGAGGACAGUACCUUAAUCAAACAAUUGAUAAAGUGAGUAUGUUUUGCGAUAUUGUAUCAUUAUUUCAAGAGUGUGCUAACCUCAAUUUAUAUUGUUCGCCUUCUACUCAUCCACCAGGCUAGAUAACCGUAAAGAGAAAUAGAUCAGCAACAUUAUUAAAGAAAAACAAUUUUUGAUCUUGGAAGCAUUCAUGGAAAGAGAGAUACUGGAAGGAGUUGUUCGGCAUGCUGCCAGAGAAGGGAGAGUGGAAAAGAUUAUAGAACUGGCAGAGGCUUCGGCAACAGAGCCAGGAGAAAACUUCACUUCGACAGUUCUCAGGAUGAGGGCUAAGGUACUUCUUGAAUCAGGAAGGGUCAUCAAUAAGACUUAUAUCCUCAAGAGGACGACACCCUUUGGGGGUCAUGGGCAUCUUUUCCAUGCAGAAACAAAGAUUUAUAUUAAUGUCCUCAAACAAAUGAGCUACCUCAUGGACGAAUAUGGGGAUACAGAAGAGCCUCUUUGGUGUCAAUUGAUCCAUCAUGAACCUUAUACUUCUAUGCUACUUGAAGACUUGCAGGGUAAAGGCUACAAACUGGUGAACCGACGUAUAGGAUUGGAUUUGGUUCAUGGCAUCCAGGCAAUCAGAGCAUUAGGCAAGUUCCAUGCCUUAGCAAAGGUUCUGGAAGAGAGGGGCAUCAUAUCUAUGAAAGAUUACAAACCAUAUCAUGGGAUGGACAUGAAUGUGGUCCGAGCUUGGACUUAUCCUGCUGUCCAGAACUUGAUUAGAGGCAUCAGAAACUGGGGUCCUGAAUGGAAUGAUGUUGCUGCAAAGCUGGAUUUGUCAGUUGAAGAGUUUUUUGAAAAUGUUUGCAAACCAUUGGAAGUAGAGAAAUCAGAUUUCAAAGUAUUAAACCAUGGAGACUGUUGGUCAAAUAACAUCCUGUUCAAGUAUGAUUGGAGACUGAAUCCAGUAUCAGUGAGGUUCAUAGACUUCCAGUACCCUAAUUAUAGUUCUCCGCUCAUAGAUGUCAGCCAUUUCUUGUACAUCAGCAUGCAACCUUCAGUAAGACGUCACAGCUAUAACAAACUUAUAGAAAAUUAUCAUGAAUCAUUAAUAUCAAAUCUAACCAAAUAUGACUACGAAGGACCCAGGCCAAGCAUAGAUGAUGUUUUCCGCGUCAUGGAUCGUAUUUCAUGUUUUUGGAUGUACAUAUAUGCUAGCUGGUACCCUUUGAUAACAGAAGAGCCAAAAGAAACUCCAGAUUUGUCCAUAAUCGUUAAAACAGGAGGAAAGGAAGGUUACAGGGCAGAAAUCUAUGAAGAGGGCGGUGUAAAAGAAAAAUUAGCUCCCGAUCUUCUAGAUCUUGCUCAGAAAACACUAUGUUUUAUGUCCAUAACACCUGUACGCUGUAUGCAAUAAUUCUACUCAGCAUCUUUUAUUUAUGUCCACUAAUGAUAUUAAAUACUUAAGUUUUUAAAAAUAUUGAUUUAUUGCAGUCAAUGUUGAUGCGGCUAAACCUUAAAGAAAUUUAUGAGUUUUUAUCAUAAUUAUAGAAGCAAAAUACAUAAAGUACUUAAAAAUAACAAACACUAUAUUUCAUGUCAAAAAUGCAACUUAAUGACUUCCAGAAAUAAAUUGACUAAAUAAGAUGUUUCCAUAAAAUAGCCUAACUGAAUGUGUAUUCCUAUAAGAACAGCUCAACCUUGAAUUUACUCCCCUCUACCUUUAGUACAAAUUGAUGUUGGCAGUAGCUGAAGGAAGUUUCCAUCAUCCUUCAUCAAUGUUUUCACACAAGCUUACAAAUCUCAUACCUGACAUCAGAAAAAAAUGGUUUCAUGAAUUUUUCACCAAGAUACAACACAUAAAAAUAUCUGAAUGAUGUAGAGAUGGUUGGCCGAGAUAUAAUAUGAGUAGUUGGUCUGGGGGUGUGGUCAAAUAAAUACUAAAUUUUAAAAAAUUGUAUUUUUAAUAAUUAUGCUGACGUUUUGACCCACCUUGCAGGUCUUCAUAGACUCACUUGAGUCUAUCAACUGCCUCCUGCAGUGCCACAUACCAUGCCCUGAUGAAGACCUGCAAGGUGGGUCGAAACGGCGUAAUAAUUAAAAAUACUAUUUUUUAGUUAUUACUGGUGAUAUCGAUAUAGAUGGCAAUAUGUUUGAACAGGUAGAGAAGUUUACCUACUUCACACCGCUAGGAUCUACAAUAACUAGUAAAAACGAAAUUUAAGAAGAGAUUAGGGUUAGAUUGAAGGCGGGAAAUGCUUGUCAUUAUUCUGUGACAAAACUACUUAACUUGCAACUCUUGUCCCGGAACUUAAAAAUUAGAAUCUAUAAAACCAUUGUCUAAGCUAUAGUUCUUUAUGGUUGCGAAACGUGGCCGCUUACAUUAAGAGAUGAGCAACGUCUUAAGGUUUCUGAAAAUAAAGUAUUGCAUAGAAUAUUCGGAGUGAAGAAGGAUGAAUUAACCGGAGGGUUCAGACGGUUACACAAAUCCGAAUUGUGUGAACUUUAUCCAGGUAAUAUAAUUGAGGUGAUUUCAUCGAUGCGAAUCAAAUGGGCUUGGUAACAAGAGAAUUCCUAAAUGGUUAAUAUUUGCUAAACCGAAUGGUAAACGUCCGAGUGUUAGACCGAAGCGAAGGUGGGAAGAUUGUAUUAAAGCCAAUCUGAAGGGACUUGGUUUGGACAACGAACAGUGGAGGGAGGUGUGUAAUAAGCGAUUGGUGAUGUCGGCAUCGAACCUUUGGAUUCGCAAAGCCUUUUAUAAUUAUUAUUAUUUAUUAAAUAGCCACUAGAAUUAAGUAAUGUUAUCUUCAAAUUAACAUUUAAUAAUAGAAAUUUUUUUGUAUACCUAAUUUAGCUCUGGCAAACUUACUUCUCUAAGAGUAGAAGAACAAUGAAAUAAAAUUAAAUUGAACAUCAUUCUAAAAAAACAUUACAGAUUAAUUUUAAAAAUACUUAACUUUAGAACAAUUGUACUGUGUAUCUUAAUGGUCGAACAUCAUACAGAUUCCAAAUAAAAAGGUUAACUGAUGGAAAGAAGAACAAUUUUUUUUUGUUUUAAUAAUAAACAAUAAUAUUAUAUUAUUUACACUUUACAUCUUACUUUUAAAAAAUUAAAACUAGAUAUAAUUAUUCAUAUUUCUAAAAAGUCAUAAACAACAAUAUAAACAAACAUACCAUAAUAGUUAUUAAAAAAAAUCAGAUAGUAAAAUUUAAAUAAUUCUGUACAAUUAAAAUUAAACAUUUAAAUUAAAUACACAACGUCUUCUGAAACCAUAACUUGAUUUUCACUGGACAUAAUGCUAAUCGCUUUAUUUACUUCACUUUGAGUGAACUCUUUAUCUACCAUCUUACUGUUGAUUUUAGUCACAAGAUCUGAGAGUCUACAACUCUGAGCUCGAACUUCUUGGAAAGCUGUUGCAGCAUGUUGUCUAAAAACUGUCAGCCUAAAAAAAAAUGUUAUAAUUAAAUUAUUAUUUAAAUGCUCAAUCGAAAAUUGAAACCAAG